AAAGUUUUAAUUUUCAAAAUAGGGGAUAAGUAAAUAUGAAAGUGCGGCCACAUUGUUAUGUUGCAGUUUUGUUUCCAUUCGCACGUGUUGCGUUUGUUGUUUGUAAACAUUUCACCGGUUUAAGAAAAUGAGCCAAAAAGUGGUAAUUAAUAAACGUUUGAAAGGCCUAUCACCUGAAGCCCUUAACCAGCUAAGUAAAGCAGAGUUAGUUGACAAAAUUGUGCAGCUAGAAGCGUACAAUUUCCAACUAAAAAACCUAUUGCAAAAGAAACUAACAGAGAACGACAAAAACAAUGCUGAAUACAAAACGUUGUUGGAAGGGGAGAGCGGGGUGCGAGAGCUUUCAAAGGAGUCGAUGGAAUCGGAGGAUAAGUCUUCCAGCAAACGGAAAAAGCAACGUAUGUUUGAUUGGUCCAGUGCACAUCGGCGUCAUGUUCUUCUCAAGGUUGUCUAUUUUGGCUGGGACUAUCAAGGAUUUGCAUGCCAGGAGGACUCAAAUGACACAAUUGAAGCGCAUUUAUUUCGUGCCUUGUUGCGCACUUGUCUAAUUGAAUCUCGCGCUUCCUCCAACUAUCAUCGCUGUGGACGCACAGACAAGGAGGUGAGCGCCUUCUGCCAAGUCAUAUCCAUUGAUUUACGCAGCAAGCUGGCGCCUGAAGUCCAACUAGAAAACCAGUCGAUCACUUCAGAAAUUGACUAUUGUAGUCUACUGAAUCGCGUGUUGCCCAAGAACAUCCAAUGUGUCUCCUGGAUGCCGUUGCGUAGUCCAGUGUAUAGUGCUCGCUUCGAUUGUAUUGCCCGCACUUAUCGCUACUACUUCCCUAAGGGUGAUCUGAACAUUGAAGCUAUGCAAUCUGCAUGCCAACUAUUACAGCGCCAUGCCGAUUUUCGUAAUUUCUGUAAAAUGGAUGUUCAUAAUGGCGUCACAAAUUACAUGCGCAAUCUGCAGCAUGCGGUGGUAAAGCCAUGCGAUGAGACAGCUUCCGCUUCUGGCUAUGCAAUGUACUUUUUGGAAAUCAAAGCAAACGCUUUUCUAUGGCAUCAGAUACGCUGCAUUAUGGCCGUUCUGUUACUCGUUGGCCAGAGGCACGAGCAGCCGAGUGUUAUUAGUGAACUUCUGGAUGUUGUGAAGAACCCCUGCAAGCCGCAAUACACACCUGCCAUUGGACUGCCAUUGAAUCUGUUUCAUUGCGAGUUCCGGGCGCACACAACACGUCUAGCCAACACAUCAGGGAAUGCUGCUAAUGAUGCUCACGAUGAUGUGCUGGACAAUGAUAAAGUCGAGUCGGGUGGCAACGAACCCGAUCUAACAGAUUGGGUUUAUAGCGAGGAAAAUUUGCAAAAAUUGGUCGAGAACUUGCAGUGUGAGUGGACACAGUUCAGUGUAAAAUGCACCAUGAUUCGUAAUGUACUCACGCAACUGGAGGAGAUGCUUGAACAGCAAUUCAAGCCACAAUUAGUCCAAGCCCAAGUGAUUAUGCUGCAGGAUGCGGUUAAACCGCGACAACAUCAGCCGCUUUUGCAGCGCAAACGAUGUGAGAGUUUAGAAAAUAGAAUCGAACAUUUUGUAAAAAAGCAAAGGCUGAUAGUGAAGGAGUCUGCAGAAACGGAUGCGAGUAAUCGGAUGGAUGAGACAAGCUAAAAGACUUUGUAAAUGCU